AAUCGAAGCCCGGAUAGCAGACAAGCUUAUUUUUGGUUUCAUCCAAACGCGCCCUACACGUCAAUACUCAUAUCACUUGUCAUCUCACAUCAUUUUCCCCAAAUCCGAUCUUCCAUCAGCACAUCUUAUGCAAAUCCAAGACCUUCCGUAGCUGCACGAAUGCGAUCAUAACGGGGAUUGAACUGCGCAGGUGCUUCAAUUGAGGGUUUGAAUUGAAACAUAGUCGAAUUUCCGCAAUGAAUUAUAUAAUUGGAGCGUUUAAGCCGGCAUGCAGCAUUACUGUUUCAUUCGGUGAUGGGAAAUCUCGAAAGCAGGUGGCACUGAAGAAGGAUAAUGGUAAAACAGUGCUAAUCCCCGUCUUUCAUAGUCAAGAUACCAUAUCUGGGAAGAUAUCCAUCGAACCGAUUUCAGGGAAGAAGGUGGAACACAAUGGUAUCAAGGUCGAGCUCCUUGGUCAGAUUGAAAUUUACUUUGACAGAGGAAACUAUUACGACUUUACUUCCCUAGUUCGUGAGCUGGAUGUUCCUGGAGAGAUAUAUGAGAGGAAAACAUUUCCCUUUGAAUUUUCAACUGUGGAGAUGCCAUAUGAGACAUAUAAUGGGACGAACGUGCGGCUGAGGUACGUCCUAAAAGUCUCAAUAAGUCGGAAUUAUGGUGGAAGCAUAAUGGAAUACCAAGACUUCGUGGUUCGGAAUUAUGCUCCUCCUCCGUCUAUUAACAACAGCAUUAAGAUGGAAGUUGGGAUUGAGGACUGCCUUCAUAUUGAGUUUGAAUACAACAAGAGCAAGUACCAUUUAAAAGAUGUCAUUGUUGGCAAAAUAUAUUUUCUUCUUGUAAGAAUCAAGAUUAAAAACAUGGAUCUUGAGAUCAGACGCAGAGAAUCAACAGGAUCAGGGACGAACACGCAUGUCGAGACUGAGACGCUUGCGAAGUUUGAACUGAUGGAUGGCGCUCCAGUCAGAGGUGAAUCAAUUCCUAUCAGAUUGUUCUUAAGUCCGUAUGAGCUAGCUCCAACAUAUUCGAAUAUCAAUAACAAGUUUAGUGUGAAAUACUAUCUCAACCUUGUCCUUGUUGAUGAAGAGGACCGCCGAUAUUUCAAGCAACAAGAGAUCACAAUGUACAGGCUUAGUGAAACCUCCUGAUUUGACUGAAGAUUGGAUUGACUGCUUUGUUGAGUCUUGUUAUUUGAGGAGGUGCAGGUAGUGAUCCGGCUUCUUGUAGAGGACGAGAACAACCGUGUCUUUUUUUUUUGUUUGUUUUUGUUUUUUAAAAUUUCGUAGCUGUCGUGUAGUCGAUCUCUGAGCAAAAUACAUAAAUUUGUAUAGAGGAGGAUUCUGUAGAUGGAGUUUUGUGCUGAUCUCUGAUUUAUGUUUUAAGACGAUGAUGAUGACUUUUAGCUAGGAGGAUUGAUGUUAUUUCUUGAGAUUUAUUUGAAGCCCUAUGAUUUGCUAAUUUUUUACUA